CGGGCUCGGACUCCGAGCGGGCCCGCAAGUGCUGCGGAGCCGGCGGACAAAAGAGGCCGCUCAGCUGGUGGCCAGAAGUGCCGGGGCGCCUCGUCGCGCCCCCUCCGUCCUCGGAGUCGGGGGCUCGGGCGGGGAGGGCGCCGGGGUCGCCGAGGUGGCGGCCUGUUGUGUAAGCCUCAGUGCUUGUUUCCCCCCCGCCCGGCUCGUUGUGAAGCCGGACACAUCCACCCUUGGACUGGAUUCAAGAGGCUGCUGUUUUCUCCAUGCUCCUCUUGGAUUUUCUGGAUUUUUGAAAGCCCAGUGGCCCCGGAGGAGGAAGAGGAAGGAGGAAGGAGCAGAUCUGCAGAGGAAUGUGAGAGCCUCCCCGGCGGAGAAGCCAGGAGCCGAGCCGGGAGCCAGAGCUGCCUGGGUUUCUGCAGCCGCGGUCUGGGGGUGACUCGCUUCUAUUUCAGAACAUUGUUCCAGUGGAAAGUGUCAAGUUCUUGCCCUCUCCGAGCUGGUUUCUCCGAGUCACUUGACUUUUCUUCUGCAAGUGGGAGGAAGGAGAGGGUGCCGGGUCUGGGCUGCCGGGGAGGAGGGAAGGAGGACCGUGGACAUGAUCCCUCUCUGCUCGCAGGAGUGUGUCGGAGACUUAAUAGGGCAGGCGAAGGGCCGAGGACAUCGCGUUGAAUAGGGGGAGGCUACCCAGCGUCUGGGGGUGCCAAGACCCCAGCUCCGGAGCUAAGAGACUGAGCUGCUGCGACAGGCCCGAGCUCCGUCCUGGCCAGGACCCGGCCCUCCUCCCUCUCCCGCUGGGCCAGCCAUGGCGCUGAAAGGCCGAGCCCUCUACGACUUCCGCAGCGAGAACAAGGAGGAAAUCACCAUCCAUCAGGACGAGGACCUGGUCAUCUUCAGUGAGACCUCGCUGGACGGCUGGCUGCAGGGCCAGAACAGCCGCGGCGAGACCGGGCUCUUCCCUGCCUCCUACGUGGAGAUCAUCCGCUGCGGCGCCGGCACCAGCCCUGCCGACUAUCCCGGCAGCCCAGGCCCUCUGGGCACGCAGGUGAGCUCGUAUGACGGCUCCGGCUCCGGCGUGGCCAGCCCUCCCAGGAGCGCCGGGGGCAGCGGCUUCCUCUCCCACCAGGGCAGCUUCGAGGAGGACGAUGAUGAUGACUGGGAUGACUGGGACGAUGGAUGCACAGUGGUGGAGGAGCCUCGGGCUGGCGGGCUGGGCACCAACGGGCACCCCCCUCUCAACCUCUCGUACCCCGGUGCCUACCCCAGCCAGCACAUGGCCUUCCGGCCCAAGCCGGCCCUGGAGCGGCAGGACAGCCUGGCGUCUGCCAAGCGCGGCAGCGUGGUGGGGCGCAACCUCAACCGCUUCUCGUGCUUCGUUCGCUCCGGAGUGGAGGCCUUCAUCCUGGGUGACGUGCCCAUGAUGGCCAAGAUUGCGGAGACGUACUCCAUUGAAAUGGGCCCUCGUGGCCCCCAGUGGAAGGCCAAUCCCCACCCGUUCGCCUGCUCAGUGGAGGACCCCACCAAACAGACCAAAUUCAAGGGCAUCAAAAGCUACAUCUCCUACAAGCUCACGCCUACCCACGCCGGCUCGCCGGUCUACCGGCGCUACAAACACUUUGACUGGCUUUACAACCGCCUGCUGCACAAGUUCACGGUCAUCUCGGUGCCCCACCUGCCGGAGAAGCAGGCCACUGGCCGCUUUGAGGAAGACUUCAUCGAGAAGCGGAAGCGCCGGCUCAUCCUCUGGAUGGACCACAUGACGAGCCACCCAGUGCUGUCCCAGUAUGAGGGCUUCCAGCACUUCCUCAGCUGCCUGGACGCCAAGCAGUGGAAGAUGGGCAAGCGCAGGGCGGAGAAGGAUGAGAUGGUGGGUGCCAGCUUCCUGCUCACCUUCCAGAUCCCCACGGAGCACCAGGACCUGCAAGAUGUGGAGGACCGUGUGGACACCUUCAAGGCCUUCAGCAAGAAGAUGGACGACAGCGUGCUGCAGCUCAGCACCGUGGCGUCGGAGCUGGUGCGCAAGCACGUGGGGGGCUUCCGCAAGGAGUUCCAGAAGCUGGGCAAUGCCUUCCAGGCCAUCAGUCAUGCCUUCCAGAUGGACCCCCCCUUCAGCUCUGAGGCUCUCAACAGCGCCAUUUCUCACACGGGCCGCACCUAUGAAGCUGUGGGUGAGAUGUUCGCCGAGCAGCCCAAGAAUGACCUCUUCCAGAUGCUCGACACGCUGUCCCUCUACCAGGGCCUGCUCUCAAAUUUCCCUGACAUCAUCCACCUGCAGAAAGGCGCCUUCGCCAAGGUGAAGGAGAGCCAACGCAUGAGUGACGAGGGCCGCAUGGCGCAGGACGAGGCAGAUGGCAUUCGUAGGCGCUGCCGCGUGGUGGGCUUCGCCCUGCAGGCCGAAAUGAACCACUUCCACCAGCGCCGCGAACUCGACUUCAAGCACAUGAUGCAGAACUACCUGCGCCAGCAGAUCCUCUUCUACCAGCGGGUAGGCCAGCAGCUGGAGAAGACGCUGCGCAUGUAUGACAACCUCUGAUCAUGUGUACCCGGCCCCCACCCUGCACCCGGGCCUGGUCGCUGCAGUGCACUCUGCUCUCUAGACCUCCCACAACUAGUAGGCUGGGAGGGUCGGGCGGGCUUUGGAGGAGUCAUGGGUCCCCCUGGGGAAGUCCCUCAGCCCUUCGAGGUAGGGGCACGGCAGGGGUGAGAUCGGGGUUGGGAACCUUCUAGGCCAAGGCCUGGGCUGCUGGUCAGUUGCUUGAGGACAGGCCACGGUCUUAGCCUCCCCUAGAACCCACAGUACUUGCUCGCCUGGCCGCCACCCCCUCGCUCACUCAGUAGGUCCCGGGGCCCGCUCGGCCCUGUGUCACAUGCUGGGUAACAGGGCUGCGACAUGCCUGCCCUCAGGGAGUCAAGGUGGGCUCCGACACAGAAACAGACAAGGGCAAGACGCAGGGACUGAUGAUAAACAAAGGCCUCCUGGAAGCGUUAAGAAAGAGCCACUCAUUCCGCUGGCCAGGGAAGGCUCCAGAGAGUAGGUGACAUGUGCGUAGUGUCUUGGAGAAUGACAAGGACCUGCCUGACAGUGAAGGGGGACAGUAGAUUGGGUGCAGGAGAGUGGGGGCAUUCAGAGGAGAGGAAUAGUGUGUGAAGACAUGAAAACACCCCCUCUUCUCUCCCUUAUCUCCCCAAGUCAGCUUGAUGCCCCUUGGUGGGGAUUGUGGCCUCGUAGACGGGAGGGAUCUUCCUCCCAUUUCCCUGUCCCUGCCUUACCUUGUCCCCCCAGGAGGAGCUGCGAGCCAACUCCCUCCCGACUCCCCUGCACCUGCUGAGCCUCCACUCGCCCUUGGUUAGGGGACCAUGCAGCAUCUUUUCCCUGGGCUCAAGGUGCUGAGACAAGCCACUGACCCCGGGACCCCGGUGGCACCUUUCUGGAGAGGACACCCAGAAGUUACCAGAUAUUUGAGUUCACCAGCAACAGCUCUCCACAUUCCGAGCAGGCUCGGGCUCCAGGCUUCCAAGGUCCUUGGCCCCAGUGAAUCCUGGGAUCCUUCCUAUUGCACAGAGGGAAGGUCAAGGGAAAAAGACAGGGUCUGGCUUGCCCACUGCCCCAGUAGUCCUGGGCCCACACGCCCAUGGCCAGCCUCACUGUGAUGUCAGCCCCGGCUCCCUCCCCAGCCAGCGUGUGCUGUCUCCCACCCAUGUUUACAUCCUUAAGGGGGCUGCUCCCCACCCCCCAGGCCAGGGUGUGGGCCACCGGGCUUGGGGGAACUGACAGGUGCCACUGCUGGCCUCCCCAGGAGGUCAUGGCCACUCCUGGCUCCUGCUGCUUCAAUCUUUUAUCUUUCUUGUUUUCUUGAUAAACCUUUUGCAAUGAAGACAACAACA